UGUUGGAUUUAACUGUUAAUUUUUUAAUCUAUUUUGUAGGUUGUUCGCCUAUGCAGGGAGCAUAGGCUGCAUGGUGCAUUGAUCUACUUGUUCAACAAAGGUCUUGAUGAUUUUCGGACUCCUUUGGAAGAGCUCUUUUUAAUUUUGCGGGAUAGCAAAAGAGAAAGUGCUACUGCUCUUGGGUACAAGAUGCUUGUUUACCUCAAGUACUGCUUCCAAGGUUUGGCUUUCCCUCCAGGGCGUGGAACACUCCCUUCUACACGUGUGCCGUCUCUUAAAAGAGAGCUUGUGCAAUUUUUGUUGGAAGAAGCGAGUUCACCAAAUUCUUCGACAGCAAUGUGCUUACCUUAUGGUGGACCAAACCCAAAUUUGCUCUCUCUGUUAGAGCUUGACACGGAGGCCACCUUAGAUGUUUUGCGAUAUGCAUUUGUAGAGGAUGAAAAUGAAAGAUACAAUCCUUUAUGGAAUCCAGUGAAUUCAAAGACGGAGACAACUGAAGUAGACAUUUCAACUAUUGAAGGCGCAAACUUAGUUCAGAAAGUAGUGGAUGUUCUUGCGGUCAUUCUUAAUCUGAGCUAUUUCCAAACUGGUGGUUCUUUUAACAGUAAAGAUGAAAGAUGUACUGACAUUUGGCCUACAAGUAAAGAUACCGAGAACGUAUUGGAUUUUAUUUCCUUUUUAAUUGCCUCUGAAAAAGCUAAGGUUUCAAAAGAUACCCUUAGUCAAAUUUUUGAGUACCUGACACUGGGUUUCAAUGAUUCUGGGCUGAUAGUUGAAACCUUCAAGAGGAAACAGAAACAAUUGACUGCACUUAUAGAAGUUUUGCCGGAGGAAGACUGGGAUGCACAUUACUUACUGAAUCUAUGUGAGAGGGGUCAGCUGCAUCAGGUCUGCGGCUUAAUUCAUGCCAUCACACAUCAGUAUCUUUCUGCUUUGGACAGUUUUGUGAAAGCUGUUGAUGAGCCUAUUCUUGCUUUUGUAUUUGUUGAUGACAUGCUGCGGCAACUGAGAGGCAAAGAAUCUGAUGCUUUCAGAUCAGCAGUCAUUUCUCGAAUCCCAGAUCUACUCAAGUUGAACAGGGAAGGAACUUUUUUUCUGAUUGUCAGUCAUUUGGGAGAGGAGCGUGAUUACAUUUUGUCUCAGCUGCGAUCUAAUCCAGAAAGUCUUUUCCUUUAUCUGAAGACACUCAUUGAAGUUCGUUCAACAGGCACCCUGAACUUCUCUUCUUUAAGACAACAUAAUGCUUCAGACUUCCUCCGUGGAAGAAAGAAGAAACAUAUGUCCUCUGAAGCCUACCUGGAAACCUUGUCUGACUUACCUAAGCUCGUGCAGAACUAUCCAAUUGUCAUAACUGAUCAAAUGACAGAGCUUUAUAUUGAGGUGAGUAUUGUUCUCAACUGGUUAGUGUCUAUGUAGAAGCUUGUUAGAAGUAAUUUUUUCCUAUGUUGCUUGGACUUUUCAAAAAUGUCAACGAGUGCAUGCCUGAUUCUCCAAAAGUUUUGCUGUCUCAACGCCAAUUCUUUUCUAGGAUCCCUCUCUAUGCCUACUUACAUCCUUGCUCUUAUUCUAUACCUUGUGCAAGAUAUUUUAAUCUGAUUAUCAGAAAAGGUGUCUUUGGGUGUUCUGCACAAAAGUCAAAUGUUGUCUAAACAAGGAAAAUAAUUUUGUUUCGUACAGAAUUUUGUGCUCGUUCUCAUACAUUGAUAAAAGUUACUUUUUAUCCUAUAUAAGUGAGAAGCCUUUCUAGUUCACUUUCUUUUCCUUUAAUGUCAUUUCAGCUUAUUGAGCUUGAACUUUCUCCAGAUAUGUAUCGAUGGACAUACCUGCUCGACUCUUUUAUUUUUUUUUCUGGAUCACGUAACUGGAGUUCCAUUGAAAAUGCGUCAAGAUGAUACUGAAAAUUAUAGCCUAGAGCAAUAUAGAGUUGGCUCCCUAUACAGUGUCUUCCUGUAUGUGGCCGAAGGAGCUAACAAAGUAAAAAAAUAGAUAAAAAUUAUGUACAGCAUGGCCUAUACCAUUAAACAAGGCUUACAAGGCAUCUUAGCUUUUAGGAUAUUGUGGGAGUUAGUACUCCAUAGCAUUUGUGAUUUCUUUCAGUUCAUAAGCAUCAAAAAGUGCAAUCUGGUAUCAUCUGCCAUACCUUCUGGAUGGACUACGUGCAAUCUGGUACCAUCUGCCAUACCUUCUGGAUGGACUUACUGACUUUCCACUGCACCCAAUUCUUGGACUACCUUGUUUUGUUUUGAAAGCGCCUUACCCAGUGUAAUCCAAAAAGGCAGAAGAACAUAUGGCAUACCGCUCUCGCUAUCUGACUGUGAUAUAGGGAGGCGACAUGCAUCUUCAGAGUGCUAUAGGCACACAUAGCAGCUACUGCUGAGUGAGAGGCACCUCCUUAUCAAAGUUUCAUUUGUUAAACAAGCACCAGAUAACACUAUCCAACUGAAGCAAGCGAUCUUAGUAGGUAUUUUGACCUUCCACACUAGCUUCCAUGAUCAAUCUUCUAUCCUGUUACUGCUGAACAUAUUGAAGUCGCAUGAUUCACUGUAAACAUGCCAUUUUUACUAUAGCUCCAUCAACUUGUCCAUCAUGAGGGGGUUGAUUGCUACUUCUUCUAGCCUUGACAUAAGAUUUACGACUUCCUCCAUUCCUAGUCUUGUAUUCUCCAAGUUGCGUGGACUCUUCACUUUCAAUGCCGCACCGUGUCGGAUUCUCCAAAAAUACACCGGUUUUGGAGAAUCCGACAUGCUCCUGUUGACAUUUUUGAAGAGUCCGAGCAACAUGGGUUAUUUUACAAUGACUUACAGAAGCAUGUGGAGAUGAGGUGAAAAGGUAUAGCUGCUGGAAUUCCUCUAUUAGAGUGUUAUUUUUGAGCCAUUUAUCUUUCUAGAGACUAGAAUCUGAUGUACUUACCAUUACCUAUCUUGAAAUGAGUAUUUGGUAAAGUGUCAAACUGCUCUACUGAGCUAAAGUAAUGGUGGUCUUGGCAUAAGAAAUUUGAGGUUGCAUAACAAUAGAAAUUUGAGCUGAAUUGGUUGUGGAGAUUUGGAAAUGAGGAGCAAGCUCUUUGGAGGGAAGUGAUUGUCAGCAAAUAUGAUCAGAAUGAGCAAUGGUGCUCAAAUCCAGUCAACACUAUCUACGGGGUUUCAUUUUGGAAACAAUUAGGAGCUUGUGGAGGCAGUUGGUCAGGGAUAUCACUUUCAAAGUAGGCAUCGGAACCAGAAUUAAGUUUUGGAAAGAACUAUGGAUUGGUCGGGAACCUCUAAGGCUUCCUAUACUGAUCUGUCCAUUCUUAGUACCAAUCCAAAUACAAUGGUUAACGAAAUAUGGUGUCUUUAAGGAUGGAAUCUUAUCUCCAUUCCUUUUUAUUUUAGCUAUGGAGGGAUUGGACAGUCUAAUGAGGAAAGCUUUGCAAAAUAAUUGGAUUAGAGGCUUCAAUAGUACAAACCGGGCAAAUGAGAAUAUGGAGUUGACAUAUUUACUGUAUGCCGAUGAUACAAUAGUGUUCUGUGAAGCAAACCAGGAACAAUUGUGUUAUUUAAGGGUGAUUCUGGUAGUUUUUGAGGCUUGUUCUUGACUCAAGGUUAACUGGAGAAAAAAUAGUAUCUUUCCCAUAAAAGUUCAACAGUUACAAACACUAGCAAACAUCUUGAGGUGCAAGGUUGAGAAGCUACCAACAGGCUAUCUAGGCAUGCCAUUGGGGGGAAAACAUAAAGCAACUAGUAUUUGGGAUGGGAUUAUUGAGAAAACCGAGAGGAAGUUGGCACUCUGGAAGUCUCAGUACCUUUCAUUGGGAGGUAGAGUCACUUUGAUAAACUCUGUGCUAGAUUUCCUACCAACAUAUGUGAUGUCCCUUUUCCCUAUGCUUAGUGGGGUGAUAAAAACUCUGGACACUUUGAGAAGGAACUUACUCUGGCAAGGAAAUAAAACUGAGAGUAAUUUCAAUUUAGUAAAAUGGGCAACGGUUUAACAAGGCAGAAAUUAUGGGGGGUUGGGAGUAAGGAAUCUCAAGUUACAGAACAAAAGUUUGCUAAGUAAGUGGCUAUGGAGGUACAACCAAGAGGAGCAUGCACUAUGGAAAGAGGUGAUACAACAUAAAUUCGGACAAGAAGGGCAAUGGUGUUCAGGUGAAGUAACAACCACUUAUGGAAUAGGAGUCCGGAGGACUAUCAGAAGCUUUUGGCCGGCUUUAAAAGUUAUUAUAAAAGUUUAAGUUGGGAGGAAGGAUAAGGUUUUAUUAUGGAAAGAAGACUGGACUGGUCAAGGAUCUCUUUAAAGUUUGUAUCCUGGACUUUAUUCUAUCAGUGUGCACCCUGAUAGCAGAAUCAGUGAGUUGUGGUCUCAACAAGGGUGGAAUUUGGUCUUUAAAAGGUUGUUAAAUGACUGGGAGAUAGAAGGGGUAAUUGAACUGCUGAACAUGAUAAAAGGCUUCCCAGGCACUAACUUGGAACCGGACAGACUAUUAUGGGGACAACACCCUGAUGGAAGAUUCUCUGUCAACAGAUUGUUUAAGUGGGGUUUAUUUGUAACUGGAGGAAGGAAAACAGGGCCAUAGAGUGUUGUUUGGAAGAGUGUGGCUCCUAAUAAAGUGAAGUGUUUAGUCUGGUUGGUAGCUAAAAAAGCCUGCCUAACUCAUGAAGCAUUACAGAAAAGGGGCAUCAACAUACCUUCUCGAUGCGUACUUUGCAAAGAGGCACUGGAAAUCAACAAAUACUUAUUUCUGCAUUGCAAAGUAACAACACAAGUAUGGGCUUUAUUCUUCAAUUUAGCUAGCCUAAACUGGUGUAUGCCAGAACACACAGCAGACUUAUUGAGUUGUUGGAUCAGAAGGGGGGGCAACAAGAGUCAAAAGAAGUGGUGGAGAACGAUACCUGCUUGUAUUUGGUAGAAUAUAUGGAAGGAAAGGAAUCGGAGGAUUUUUGAAGGAAAAGAAUGCUCAAUACAGAAGAUUAAAUGGACAUUAAUUACUUCCCUAGUAAAGAACAAAAUAUAGAAGAGGAAAUCCACUAGUGGAUUUCAUAGGUUCUUUGUAAAUAUUUCUGCUUUUUUACAUAUUUUCCGUAUCUGUAAUUACUUUUGGAGGUGGCCAGCAUAGCCCUGAAUGCUGUGGAAUAUAAGUUACCGGUUUAAAAAAAAAAAAAGAUGGAAUCUGAGCUUUAGAAGACUCUUGAAUGACUGGGAAAUUGGAAAAGUAGCUGAUCUGCUGCAGACUCUAAACGAUUUUAAGGGCAUAAAUUUGGAAGCUGACUCAGUAAGAUUGAGGCACAACAACGAUGGAAAAAUUUCAGUACUGGAGGUUAAGGGAUUGAACUCUUAUUUGGCUUCCUAUGAUCAGAGAUCGAAGGCAGCCAGGGAAAGUCUAAACAUUGUUCAAAGUCAGCUGCUACUCAACUCACAAGAUCAGUCCUUGAUAGACAAAGGCAGGCAAGUACAACAGGAUAUUCUAAAAUGGGGUACUGUCGAGGAACAAGCUCUUAGGCAGAAAUCAAGAGCAACUUGGAUAAAAUAUGGGGACUCAAACACCAG